GUGAUGCUAAACGAUAAGGUAAGUCUAAGUAAAACUAAGCCCGAAGAUCUUUAUCGAGAAUUCGGAGGUAAAUUAAAAACAAUAGAUGAUGGUUCUGGACUUACUUUUAAAUCUAUUGAAGAAUGGGAUAAUUAUCUUCAUAAAGAAAAAAUUAUGAAACAGGUAGAGAAGUUAAGAGAGUUUCUCAAAGUAAGAUCAAACAGAUGGUGGUUGGGUACAAGAUCCGAAGUUGGUAUGUCUCCUGGACCCGCUAUUACGCCUAUAUGCCUUUGUGAGAGCAUGGAUAUAAAAUACUUAGUGGAAUAUAUUUGUAAAGAUAUAUAUGGAAUAAAUGCAUAUAAUUACAGUAAGGUUCCACAGAAAUUUAUUAAGACACAGAUUGGUUACGGUCUUGCUAGAGAUCUAUCAUCUAUUACUUCCUUUAGUAAACUCGCCUUUUGUCAUACCUUCUUGAGAUAUGAUAGCUUUAUUGUAAGAGGUGACAAGUUAAUCGGGGUAAUUAACUGGAGAUUUGCAGGUUACUAUCCAAUCGAGUUUGACGAAGUUAUCCGCAAGUAUAUUGAGUACGUUUAGCAGAUAGACUUUUAAAA